AAAUGAUAAAUAUAAUUAUUUUGAGUAAUUUAUUAACAUUAUGAGUAAUUUAACAAAUAAAUUACGGAUACUUGCAAUUCAUGGAUAUGCUCAAUCAGAUGAUAUUUUUAAAACAAAAUUAGGGUCUUUACGAAAAGGAUUUAAAAGAGAAAUUGAUUUCAUAUUUUUAAAGGCACCACAUAAAGUUCCAAUGAAAAGUAAUUUUGAUAUUGAUGAUGUUGAAGAAGCAUAUGGAUGGUGGUUCAAUACAAAAGAUCAUAUAUUUAAAGCAAUUGUGCCAAGUAACUCAGUUAUAGGUUUUGAAGAUAGUAUAACUGUAAUUGAAAAGGUAUUUCAAGAAUCUGGACCUUUUGAUGGCAUUUUAGGAUUUUCACAAGGUGCAGCAUUUGUUGUUAUACUUUGUUUUAUGCAACAAAAAAAUUUGUUACAAAUCAAAUUUGAUUUUGCAAUUAUUAUAUCGGGAUUUAAAUCAUUAUGUGCACCUCAUGCAAUAUAUUAUGAUGGAAAAAUAGACAUACCUUCUUUACACAUAUAUGGAAAGACUGAUAAAGUUAUACCAACAGAAAUGGCAGAAGAAAUUGCUGAAAUGUUUAUAAAUAAAAUAAAAAUGACACAUGAAGGAGGCCAUUAUAUACCAAGUAAGAAAGAAUAUUAUAAAGAAUUUAUUAUGAAAAUGUUUUUAAAUAAAAACAAAAAUAAUUAGAAAUGUUUAAUUAUUAU